AAUACAUAUUGGGUUGUUCAAUGCAGGAUGCCUUCUCCUCAACAAAGCAGUGCCGGGACCACGAAAGCGCCAUCUCGAGCUUCGCUAGGCGUCGACCAAUGCUGGCACGUGGCUGUGAUAUGCGCUAUGACCACGUUUCUCACUAACGCAACAAUCAGGUCAUCAGGCUUUCUUUAUAUAGGAAUUAUGAAUGAAUUUCAAGUGGGCCGCGGUCAAGCUGCAUGGCCAAUUUGUCUCAUGGGAGCCAUGGCCAAUAUUGCCGGUCUCGUGGCUGGUCCAUUAUGCCAGAAGUACACACCGCCGCCCGUUACCUUUGCGGGUAGCAUUAUUAUGUGUUGCGGCAUCGUCGCUUCAAGCUUCGCUCCGACCAUAACAUGGCUUACUGUGACUCAAGGAAUUGUGUUUGGUAUAGGAUCUGGCCUUGUCCUCAUGACACUCCCUUUAUACAUCAACCAGCACUUCGAGAAGUACCGCGGAUUCGCCCUGGGCAUUACGUACGCAGGAUCCACAAGCUCCGCCUUCGUCUUUCCGAGGCUGCUGCUCUACCUCGAGGAGACUUACAAUUUUCGCAGUAGCAUUAUGAUUUUCGGCGCCAUUGUCAGUCAUGUCACCGCCGCUAGCCUCCUCCUGAAAGAGCCAUCGUGGAUCCGGCGAAAGCGAGUGGACGACUCUUUGGCGUUGAAGCGUGCCAAAGACAUCUAUACCAUUGAGAAAGAGGUCACGAAAGCGGCACUGAAUAGCACGUCAUUUGUUGGAACUUCUGGGGUGAAGAAUGUGAGGAACACAGACAGUGAUGAAAAAAAGCCGCUGAAUCCCUGGAGCAUCCGGCACGGACUCACCGUACUGGAGAAUCCCAUGUUUUAUGCUGUGAUGCUGACGUACAUUGUGUUUGGUUACAACUUCGACGUCUUCAUGGCCACCAUCGUGGACUUUGCAAUCGACAAGGGCACAGCUUUGGAGGCUGCCGUGGGCCUCAUACCGUUGUUCUCAAUGACUGAUACGCUUGGACGCCUGUUCAUUCCUUUGCUUGUGGACAGAGGGUAUGUGACGCGCAGUUGCCUCGCAACAGUGACUUACCUGUGGAUGUCUUUCGUGCUCUUCGGGUUUCCUCUCGUGAGCACUUACUAUGAGAUUCUGACCGCCUGCAUGUGUCUCUCCAUGGCCAUCGGUUGCAGCGUCACUAUGUACCCAGCCCUCAUGGCUGACUACAUGGGCCUUCAGCGGCUACCGAUUAGCUACGGUAUCGUUGGCACUGUGGCUGGCCCCCUGUUCUUACUUAAACCCUUAUUUAUUGGCUAUUUUCGAGACCACGUUGGUUGCUACAGCGAUAUGUACCGGUUUUUGUCCGGAGGCGUGUUCUUGUUGGGACUGGUUUGGCUAGCUGUGUUCCUACGCGAGCGGCGCAAACGGAAGGAAUGGCAGCCGCAGCCCUUCGGAGCCACCGACGCCAUCAUCGUCGCUGGCCACGCAUUUUAUUGCAACCCAGGUUUCGCAGGAGCCGCCCAUGGUCCCAGCGCUGGCUGUUGUCCCGCGGACGGCGUGAAGAAAUUCGAUCUGGAAUGUGGAAAAGCCUGUAAAUAA